AUGUUCAUCAUCAUCAACAUCAUCAGGCAACCAUCAGGUUCAGGAAAUGGUUCAGAUAACGGUUCAUCAGGCAAAGGAAACAAUGCUUCAUCAUCAUCAUCAUCAACAUCAUCAGGCAACGCAAAUGACUCUGCUGCUGCUACUGCUGCUAAUGCUGCUGCUGCUUCAGCUGCCGCUGCUUCUGCCGCUGCCGCUGCUGCUGGUUCUUCAGGAUCAUCUACUGGUAAAGGACAAAACAAUGGAUCAGGAGCAUCUAACAACGGUCAAUCAUCAUCAGGAUCAUCAGGAACAUCAGGAACAGGAUCAUCAGCUGGUUCAUCAUCAUCUGCUGCUGCUUCAUCUGCUGCUGCUGCUGGCUCAGGUUCAUCAGGUUCAGGAAAUGGUUCAGAUAACGGUUCAUCAGGCAAAGGAAACAAUGCUUCAUCAUCAUCAUCAACAUCAUCAGUCAACGCAAAUGACUCUGCUGCUGCUACUGCUGCUAAUGCUGCUGCUGCUUCAGCUGCCGCUGCUUCUGCCGCUGCCGCUGCUGCUGGUUCUUCAGGAUCAUCUACUGGUAAAGGACAAAACAAUGGAUCAACAGGAUCUAACAACGGUUCAUCAUCAUCAGGAUCAUCAGGAACAGGAUCAUCAGCUGGUUCAUCAGCUGGUGCAGCUUCAUCUGGUGCUGCUCCUGGCUCAUCAGGCUCAGGAAAUGGUUCAGAUAACGAUUCAUCAGGCAACGCAAAUGACUCUGCUGCUGCUACUGCUGCUAAUGCUGCUGCUGCUUCAGCUGCCGCUGCUUCUGCCGCCGCUGCUGGUUCUUCAGGAUCAUCUACUGGUAAAGGACAAAACAAUGGAUCAGGAGCAUCUAACAACGGAUCAGGAUCAUCAACUGGUUCAUCUGGUACUGCUGCUUCGUCCGGUGCUGCUGCUGGCUCAAGUUCAUCAGGUUCAGGAAAUGGUUCAGAUAAUGGAUCAUCAGGCAAAGAGCUAGAAUCACGAUUAUAUAACAAUUUCACUAGUGCCGGCCUGCCAAUGAAAUCUUAUGUAUCGUCUUUUGUUAAUGCAUCUGGACAAAACUGUUAUUGUUAUGCUUAA